AUGGUUCAGACUUUAGGGGUCGGGCUGGGCGGCUUGCUGUCCCUCUCGCUGCUGUGUCCCGCCGGAGCCUUUUACAUCCCGGGCUGGUCCAUCAAGAGCUACAAGCAAGGCGACCGGGUGCCUCUGCUGGUGAACAAGGUCUACUCGGACAACACCCAGUUGCAGUAUGCCUACUACGAUCUCCCCUUCGUCUGCCCCCCCACCGGGCAGCACAAGGCAUCCGGCGGCCUGCUCAGCGGGCAGAGCAUACCCCUGAACCUCGGCGAGGUCCUGCGCGGCGACCGCAUCGUGACUUCCGACUUGACCCUCGACAUGGGCAAAGACAAGGCCUGCACGCCGCUCUGCACCAAGAACUUGUCACGCAGCGAUGUCAGGCGGGCGAGGGAAAUGGUGCGCGACGGAUACGUGACGGAAUGGAUUGUCGACAAUCUCCCCGGGGCCACGAGCUUUGUGACGACGGAUAAGACGAGCAAGUACUACGCGGCUGGGUUCAAACUGGGCUACACGGAAAUGGUGCCGGCCACGGGCAAGCUGCGCUACUUCCUGCACAAUCACCACACCGUCGUCAUCCGCUACCGCAAGGCUGCCGGUCGCGCUGGCGAAAGGGGCGAAAAAGUCAUUGUUGGAUUCGAAGUGUAUCCCAAGAGCCACGUGAAGAGCGGCUUGGAACUGGCUCUCAACAAGACGGAUCAUGUCGCCAAACGCCCCGACUCUCGCACUUCGACCUUGGAGGAGGAGGCGGAUGACGACGAUGACAGCGCUGGCGGCUCGCUCCCUGUUCCCUACACUUACUCGGUCUACUUUCGCGAGGACGAAAGCAUCGAGUGGGCGCAUCGCUGGGACCUAUACUUUGUGAACCAAGAGGAGGGAUCGCGCAUCCACUGGCUGGCCAUGGUCAACUCGCUCAUCAUCUGCGGCCUGCUGACGGGCAUCGUCAUGAUCAUCCUGGCCAAGACGAUUCGCACAGACAUCAAGGGCUACAGGGAGGCGGCGGCAGAGGACGGCAAGACGAGGAAGAGGAGGCUGCGUCCCGAGGGGCGCGCGUCCAAGGACAAGGUGCCCGGACUGCUGGACCAGGGGACGGAUGGCGAUGACGAGGGCGAUGUAUCCGGCGACGACGAGGCGCUCGAAGACGUGACGGGGUGGAAGCUGCUGCACGCCGACGUGUUUCGCAAACCCCGGGCGGGCAGCCUCCUGGCGCCCAUGGUGGGCUCGGGAAUGCAGCUGCUCUUCAUGGCCGUGGGGCUGGUGCUGCUGAGCGCGCUGGGGGUGCUGAACCCGAGCUUCCGGGGCGGCUUCAUCAGCGUGGGCGUGGGGCUGUUCAUCUUUGCCGGCCUCUUCUCGGGCUACUUUUCGGCGCGCGUCUUCAAGAGCUUCGACGGCGUCAACUACCGGGGCAACGCGCUGGUGACGGCGCUGCUGUUCCCGGGCCUGACGUUUGGGCUCGUCUUCAUGCUCAACCUGUUUGUGUGGGCACAGGCGUCGAGCACGGCGAUUCCGUUUGGGACACUGAUGGCCAUGGCGCUGCUGUGGCUGUGCGUGCAGGUGCCGCUGGUGCUGGCCGGGUCGUUCUACGGCUUCCUCCGGGCCGGAGCGUGGGAGCACCCGACUCGGACGGCGGCGAUUGCGCGGCAGGUGCCUCGGCAGGCGUGGUACACGCAGUCGCUGCAGUCGGUGCUGCUGGCGGGGCUGAUACCGUUUGCCGUCAUCUUCAUCGAGCUGCUGUUUGUGUUCCAGUCGGUGUGGCAGGACAAGAGCGGCUACUACUACAUGUUUGGGUUCCUGGCGGUGGUGCUGGCCAUCCUGAUGGUGACGGUUGCCGAGGUGACGGUGGUGACGGUCUACGUGCAGCUCUGCGCCGAGAACUACCACUGGUGGUGGCAGUCGUUUCUCGUCGGCGGCGGCAGCGCCGUGUGGGUGUUUGGCUACUGCGUGUGGUACUACCUGUUCAAGCUGCACAUCAGCGGCUUCGUGAGCAGCAUGCUGUUCUUCACCUACAGCUUCAUGGCCUGCUGCGUGUACGGGCUGCUGACGGGCACCGUGGGCUUCCUGAGCGCCUACGCCUUUGUGCGGCGCAUAUACGGGGCCAUCAAGGUCGAUUAG